GAUAACUGCUGCACAAUUUAGUUUUGGCUAUGCUGCGUCUUUUGUGGUGUUGGUAUGUCAACUCUGGAAGCGACACAGAGUAUGUCGCCUGGCAAAGAAGUUUCAAAAAGUUUUCAACAGGCUGUCAACCAACGAAAUGGGUUAUGGUGGCAACAUCAUCACUCCUGAGAUAAUUCUGCUCAUCGCGAUAAAGUUCUCCAUCACCAUGUACGAAGUGCUAAUUAACUUUCCAUAUAUCAUCCAGUACGGUGACAUCAUCAGUACGGAAUGGUUCGUGGCGUUCUUUUUGAAUUUAUAUAUAGCCGAGAUUGCGUCUGUCUUCUCGGACAUUGUUUUUGGAGCGAUGCUAUUGUUGGCAAGAUAUUUUUAUUUGGUAGAUGAAAUAUUGAAGGCAUUGCAGAUGGAUAUCCAGAAUGCGAAUAAAGCUGGUCUGAGUCAGAUGGAAAUUCGCGAAUAUCAGAGGAAACUUCUUCGACUGUUGCAAUUGUAUAGGCAAAUGAAACGAAUGGUUUUUGAGUUUGCAAAGUGCAUAGAAAUUUCUAUUCUGGUGCAGAUGUUGAAUACCUUUGCCAAUACGCUGACGAAUUUAUACGCUUUGCUGGAUUUUUAUGUUCAAGAGAAUCAUUUGGAGGAGAAGGAUGUUGUGUAUGUUUUGAUGAUAUUCUUGAACAUCUGUCUGCUGUUGUAUGCUGCGGAAAAGGUGAAGCAUAGUUCGGAACGGUUGAGGGAUACACUUUUGGAUUUGGAUACUACUUGGGAUGGGGUGAAUUCUGGAUGGAGGAGCGAUGUCUUGGCAUUUAAAAUAUGGCCAGAGGUGUUCGAGGUCAAUGUUCUGGGAAUGUUUCCAUUGAAUAAUUCAUUUCUACUAUUUUUGGUUUCUUAUGCAAUUAAUUUUGUGGUCAUUAUUUUGCAAUUUAUCAUAACGAAAGCUUUGUUUUUAAGAUACAAGUUCUAGUGUGUAAUGUAUUUUAUUUAUUUAAAUUAAAUUGGUGCUGAU